UUUUCGGAAAAGGUCACUGAUCAUCCCUCAGCUCCGGCUUUCCUUCACUUCAACACUUUCACACCUCAUUACCUCUCCACUUCCACUCAAAUUAGUCUACUUUGUUGGUCCAAAUUUACCAAGACUUUCACAGCUUAUUGAUUUAUUUUACUUGGAUCUUUGAGUCCUUCUCCUUUAGGGGGAGCUUUUUUCCCAUCUCUCUCUCUCUAUCCAAUUAAUUCACUGGCACCAUGUCUAACGCAAGGCAUUGGGAACAAGAUAAAGAGGCAACUGUGUACAUCGGAAACCUUGAUGAACGGGUCUCCGACAGCCUAGUAUGGGAGCUGAUGCUGCAGGCUGGGCGCAUCGUUAACGUCCAUCUGCCUAAAGACCGGGUCACGCAGUUACACCAGGGGUAUGGAUUUGUUGAGUUCAUCAGCGAGGAAGAUGCCGAAUAUGCAUCGAAGAUCAUGAAUGGAAUCCGUCUCCAUGGCAAGCCUAUUCGUGUUAACAAGGCAUCAGCCGAUAAACAAAAGACUGUGGAAAUUGGCGCAGAGCUGUUUGUGGGUAAUCUUGAUCCUAUGGUUGCCGAGCAGGUUCUCUUUGAUACAUUCAGCCGGUUUGGCAAUCUUGUCAAUCCGCCUAAAAUUGCUCGUGAUGACAACAAUCUCUCUAAGGGAUAUGGAUUUGUUUCUUUUGCCGAUUUCGAAUCCUCGGACGCGGCCAUCUCCAAUAUGAAUGGCCAGUACCUGAUGAACAAACAGGUUUCGGUACAGUAUGCAUACAAGAAGGAUGGGAAAGGCGAGAGACAUGGCGAUGAAGCGGAGCGAAUGCUGGCAGCCCAGGCUCGCAAGCAUAAUAUACAGCCACCGACCCAGCAACCUUCGCAGUUCCCUGGCGCUGCGCCAGGCGUAUCAGCAACGCCUGUCAUGUCGAACGGCGACAGCUCUCGACCCUUGAGCACAGCCCCGCCACAGACACCCGAUCUAGGCAUGAACCGGGGUAUGCCGCCAGCUAUGCCGCCAGCUAUGCCCUACCAGAGUGCACCCCCUCCAAUGCCCUACCAGAGCGUUCCCCCUCCAAACCGACAUGCCCCACCUCCCGUCCCUUCACUCAAUACUCCACCCCCCGGGCUCCCAGCCCGACCUCCGCCUUCCCAAGCUGGCUACGGCGGUCCACAGACCUUUUUACCACCUGGAUUCAACGGUGCAGGUCAACCGCCCUUCGUCCCACAGGCUGCAGCUCCCCCUGGGUUUGGGCCGCCUGGAUUUGGACCUCCAGCUGGGGCCCCUUCAUUGCCACCGGGCUUCCAACAGCCCGGAUACGGAAGCAGUCGGUGAUUCCUGGUGGCCUUCAGUCUUGAGACCCCCUCUCCUCCCAAAAGCUAUGCCCUUGUCACUAUACGAGGUUUGGGGGAUUUUUUUUUUUGAUAUGAUUUGAUGACCCAAGGACCAAAGCGCUGGCCCAUGUGUUUGAUGUUCUCCUCUUGCUUGGCUACCUCGAACGUGUUUAGUGUUUAUGUGGGGUUUUU